CAGAGUUGCAGGCACAACAUGCAUCGCGGCGUGCGCGCAAGCAAGCAGCUGCGAGUCUCUUUUUCAUUUGGCGUAGCAGUCGGAUCCAUUGGAACGCUCUUGGCCUUGUACGAAGACGAUGCAGGUCGUCGGUUGCCCACUCCGCAUCCCGAUGCCCGACCGUCGCUGCCUCAUCAAGACACCGUCUUGGUAGCUCAUCCCGCCACGCGGUUCGGCUUUCCAUCGUUGAGUAACGUCAAGGUUCGCGAAGGCUAUGUCCUCGGAUACGAUCGACGGUUGCGCAACGCAGCUUGGGUCGCUGAAUACAUCACGGUCGACUCGCUCAAGAAGUCAGACGACGUCAAUCGGUUGAAAGCCGCGUUCAAGGCUGACACAUCGACCCCGGAAGCCUUUCGAGUGUCGCCAGGCGACUACCUCAACUCUGGCUAUGAUCGUGGUCACUUGGCUCCUGCCCGAGACAUGAUGUCAUCGAGCCAGGAAUCUGUCAACGAGAGCUUCCUCAUGACGAAUAUCUCGCCUCAGGUGGGGAAAGGCUUCAACCGCGGGUACUGGUCCCGAUUUGAAGGGUUCGUGCGCCACAUUGCGUCGAGCUAUGGGGGCGCGUACGUCGUGACCGGGCCGUUGUUUUUGCCCACGCGCGCCGCCGACAGCGACACGUACGAGGUCCGAUACCCUGUGCUAGGGACGCCCGGCAACGCGAUCGCCGUCCCGACGCACUUUUUCAAAGUCGUCUUGGUGCAGAAGCCGUCUGGCGAGUACUUGGCCGCCGGGUUCAUCCUCCCCAACCAGAGCAUUCCUGACCAAACCAAUCUGACCGACUUUCUCCGACCGAUCGAGUACAUCGAGAGCGUGUCCGGGUUGCUGUUUUUCGAUCAGCUGCGCCACGUGCCGCCGCCAGCGGGUGGCCGUCCCGUCGCCACCAAGCAGCUGUGCAACGAUAUUGCUUGUACCCUGCCUGCUGCGGUCGAAUACAAAAACGCAGUCGCCUCCAAGAGCAAGGGACACCAGUCGCACUAAACAUGGUCGGCGCCAUCCACGUCAUUCUCAAGCCUCAACACUUCCUACUCGUUUGGAAUUGAACAUAUACCACACCGUGAACCAGAUCAACGUUGCGCACGGCUUACAGUCGCGCCGUGAUGCUCAUAAAGUCGGCCAUCACCCA